UUUCAACCCUUUGCGCUCUCAACACCUUCUGUUCCUUGGAGGUUUCUCUCAGGCCCUUUGGUGAUACGUACUCUCAGAGAUUACAUCCUUCCUCUGAUUUUCUUUCAGAGUAAACCAUGAAUUUCUUGUUUUCCUAUAUUUUUUAUACCGUCAAUCAUGGGGUAUUUUAAAUGUUUUUGGGACUCUCUAAAAGAUUCCAUAGCUCACUUAGAGCCCUUAGGUAAAUCAUUACCAACAUUUAAUGGUCGUUCAAUGACCUAUGUGUUUUCAAAGGUUUACAAGAGAUUUCAUUUCAGCAUCAGAAGUAAUGAGAAAGAAGCUUUAACCUUUUUGAAAAACGUUCGAUCCCUCACGGAACCGAAAAGGCAUUUUCUUGUAGAUCUUUGGCCUGUACAUUUCAAAUCAUCGGAAAAAUGCCCUUACUAUUGAUCUUUAAGCUGUAAAAUCCAAAACAGGCCAAUUUUUUAAAAUUAAAAACUACUGCAAAUGGUAUGGGCAACAAAUUAAAUAGAAACGUCUAAACUGGCAGUUUUUGAAUCAUUCCCGCUUUCAUGCAUGUCAUUAGAGGAGAAAAAUUCCUGCUACGCCACUGGAAAUUUUUUCGCGGGAAGUGCAUCGAUUCAAACGGACGAAGGUUGCGCGUAAAAGAAAGAGAUGGAUUGGUUUUAGAUAUCAAGUGGGAGCUUUCCACGUUGCAGCAUUUUGAAAAGCAUUUCGUCUUUAAUUGAUAAGAACAUAACAUUUUGUUACAGAGAUUUUUCACAUGUGAAAUCCAUACGAUAGCCAUUCGUCUAAAUUAUUUAGAAUGUAAAGGUCUCGCAUUGAAAACUGAUUAUAAGCGCGUUUUUUUGGUGAAAAUGAAUGGUUCCUCAUGCAAUACGGGUAGUGGGGGAUUCGGCCGAAAUCGUGCGCUAUAUAAUAUAAGUGCGACCCCCGAAAAUACUUCUCUAACCGGAGAAGCUUCUGAUCCCGCACCGUUUCUAAUGGAAACUGAUUCAUCUGACAAGACAAAAAGAAUCGGCAAUAAUCGUCGCAAGACGUCGCCGAUCGAGUCAUAGAAACGGCACCUCCUGAUGACGUGUUUUCAAGGUCGUCGGGAAUGGGGCGAGGAUUAUUGCAGAAACUACGUACGAGUGUCUGGUUGCAUAAGUACACUCAGUGACUCGGCCUGCAGACCGUGUUAUCAAAGUGGCUAUCAAGGCCUCCUCGCCCUCGGUAAAUCCCGAGGAAAUUCGUGAUGAGCUGAUGGAUCGCGGUUUUACACCUAGGUACGUCACUCGGAUUCAAGGGGAAGGUAAGAAUAUCAUCGUGACCCUCAAAAAUCUACCCGGUGCAUCAGAAAUUUGUAACAUGGGAGAACUUAUGUAUUGCUAUGGUAUCAAAGUGCUUUAAUUGUCAACGCUUUGGCCACUCUAGCAUGAAUUGUAGCUUUGGCCCUCGCUGCGUUACAUGUGGCAGGGAGCAUCACGUUUGCGGAAAUACGACGGUUGCGAUAUCGCUUGCAUUGAAAAAGUUGUCGAUCGAGUAUGGAGAGAAGACCUCAUAGACAAAUAGCCCUUUAAUUCUUUCGUCUGAAGCCCGUGAUAGUAAACCUACAAGGGCAGAAAAAUAGAACGUAGACAAAGUAUGGUUUUCUAGAGAACCCUGGUGACACGUGGCAAAAAAACAAGUUUAAUGGGCUAUUAAAUUCAAAGCUGAAUGGUCAUGAGAAAUUCCCAUAAUAUGAUCUACUUCGCUGAUAAGUACAAAAAGCGUAGAGUACUCAAGGCCGGAUCAAAACAAAAUGAAAUUCUUCGAUGUGCAGGAAGAGUAUAAGAAAAACAAGGACCUGCGAGCCGAGGACAUUCGAGCACUGCAAGAAUGGGCCCAAAAGUUACCGCACAUGCCACAAAUUUCCGAACACCGAUUAAUUCUGUUCUUACACCGAUGGCAUUGGAGCUUAGAGUUGGCCAAACUCGCCAUUGAAAAAUUUGUAACCUGCAGAGCAGCGUGGGCAGAUUUCUUUGGCGGCUGCAACCCGCUCCAACCGGAAAUAAUACAGGAGAUGUCGCAACAUUUGAUGGCAUUUUUACCAACGAAGGCAUCUGAUGGUUCCAAAAUUUUAUACAUGAAGAUGUUGGUGCCAGACUCCGCCUCGUUGAACCCAAAAGCCGCGAUUAAAUUGUUCGAUAUGGUCAUCACACUGGAGUUGAUGGAGAAAGGCACCUUUGAUGAUAUGGUGGUGGUGUGUGAUACAACGAAAGUGGAAGCAAGUCAUCUGGCGAAGACUUCCGUACGGGACACGAAAAGGUAUCUGCUCUACAUGCAGGACGCCUUACCGGUGAGGUUAACGAGUAUGCACUGGAUUGUCCCCACGGGUAUACAGGAGUUAUUUAUACCAUUGGUGAAACCAUUCAUCAAAAAAGGAUUGUCGCAAUCCUUGCACUUCCAUAACUCUUACGAGGCGCUGUUCAGGUACUGUCCACGGGAGUUGUUCCCCAAGGAAGUGGGAGGGGAAGGUCCCGGUCUGGCGCAGUUACACGAAGCCAUGCAAAGAUCUCUGAUUCAAAGCGCUGAUCUUUUUGGCGACGAGGAAAAAUUAGUCGCCAACGAGGCGCUACGCGAUCGGCGACAUCUGUGCAUGGAUCCAGAUUUAGAACUAGGAAUCGAUGGAUCAUUAUUAAACCAACCCAAAUCAAUCCCUAGCUAGGAAUAGCGUUUCUACCGCUAUGGGAAUUCUGUUGUGGAGAAAGGAACUCAAAUAAAGGACUCUCUCGAUUGCGCACAAAGGUUUUUUAAUAGAGCAAACACGGGAGAGUGGGGGCGCACACUGAACCAUACUCACCGAAUACAUUAAGGUCAUAGGUAAGGCAAAACGUGACUCGUGGAGGAGGUACUGCGAGGAAAUUGAACAAAUUCCAGAAGAUGCCGGACCCCAUGGAGGGAUUAUACAGAAAGCGCAAAGGAGACCUUGCGGCUUUUGGUUCAAAUACACUUUCCGGGCGAACCAAUUACUCUGGAACCACUGCUCAGGGGGAACAGGGGAGAUUGGGUUUUGGCUCCUAUGAUAGUGAACCUAACCAAACUUUGUGGGAUGGAUGAAAUCUUUCCUGCUCUACUGCAACAAGGUGCUACCUCGACACUAUACUACUACUUUUGCUCUGGAAUGCAUACCUUAACCUAUGGCGUGGAGGGGCGUAAGGGUCGUAUUCAUCUGGUCGUUUCUCGUAAAACUAGUGGAAAAGCUGAUUGAGCGACGACACAUAAGAGAUGAGAUCCUAAGGCCCAAACCCAUCAGUAAACACAAUGACAACCACGAAAAUCAUGGGAGCUUACUCUCCAUGAAGUAGUGGAUGUCGCUGAAAGGUCGAUCUUCUGUAAGAGGGGAGUUUUUAGAUAUAGAGGGGGCGUUUGACAAUACUAGAAUCGAUUAAAACUGCUAUGGAAAGCAAGGGGGUACAUUCUACCAUGCUAAAAAACUCAGCAUCAUUGCAGCCUCGCUCAAUAGCGACUCUGUAGUGGUUCGGAGUGCACGAGGGUACUCGCAGGGGGUAGUUCCCUCUUCGCUCUUGCGGUGUUUGGUGCUAGACGGGGUUCUGAGGAGAUUAAAUGAGGCGGGCUACACCACAGUUGCCUGUGCCGAACUAUAGGCUGUCAGGAGAAGGUAAAUACGUUAGACCAAGGGCUUUUCAUCCCCUUUAUCGUAGCAAGCUGUUGCAACAAGCCAAAGAUCCACAAGAAAAAGGUUUUUUGCCAUGUCAAUCAUUAGCCAUGCGCUGAAACUAAAAAGAAGAACGUAGAAACGUAAAAUAGGUAACGAGUUUUUUUAACAAUCCUGGUGGUUCGUGGUAAAAACAAGUUUAAUGGGCCAUGAAGAUCAAAACUGAAUGGUCAUGUGAAAUUCCCAUCACUGGAUCAAGGGGAGUACAAAAGGCGUAGAGUACUCAAGGUCGGUUCCAAACAAAAUGAAACUUUUCGAUCUGCAGGAAGGGAGGGGAAGGUCCCGGUCUG